UCAUCCAACACAAAGCUUUUCCCGUCCAUCCCGCACAGACAACAACACAACCAACAGAGCUCAAUCUUCCAUCCUCCAUCCAUGGGCAAGAUGCGGUCCCUCUUCUCCCGCAACGGCAGCACCGGCCGCCGCUCCUCCUCCUCCUCCAGGUCCUCCACCCCACCCUCCCCCACCCACAACCCCACCUCCUCCUCCCCGCCACGCACCCCCACCACCCCCUCCACCUCCGAGAUGGAGCGCGUCUUCCGGAAGUUCGACGCCAACGGCGACGGCCGCAUCUCCCGGUCCGAGCUGGCCGCCCUCUUCGCCUCCGUGGGCCACGCCGCCACCGACGACGAGGUCACGCGCAUGAUGGAGGAGGCGGACGCCGACGGCGACGGCUUCAUCAGCCUCGCCGAGUUCGCCGCCAUCAACGCCGCCCCCGACGCCGCCGUCGUCGAGGAGGACCUGCGCCACGCCUUCGGCGUCUUCGACGCAGACGGCAACGGCGUCAUCUCCCCCGCCGAGCUGGCGCGCGUGCUCCGCGGCCUCGGCGAGGCCGCCACCGUCGCGCAGUGCCGCCGCAUGAUCCAGGGCGUCGACCGCAACGGCGACGGCCUCGUCUCCUUCGACGAGUUCAAGAUCAUGAUGGCGUCCGGCGCGGGAUUCGGCUGCAACAGCAACAUCCGCGCAUGAAGAUCCAAACAAGGAACUCCCGAUCGAUAUAAUGUGACUUCUCUGCAUCGAUUCCGUGGCUCCCUGCCCCUCUGCUCCUGUUCAUUCAUUCUUUUGCGAUCGACAUACGACAACACCUGUAAAUACUACCCUUUACCCACCGUCAAAUACUCCCUGGCCUAUAGUUAGCUAGCCGCAUAAAUCACACCAACGUACAUUGUCCGAGUGCGAUUAUUACUCAUUUUCUUGUACGUACUACUAUAUAGUAAGAUCGGAAUUGUUGGCUGUAAAUGGCAUCUUCACUUCCGAUUUUUACGUUUAAGUGCCGGUUUGGCUCCAAUGUUUUCAGAGUACAUCGGGUGAGCAGAAUGUAAUUCGCACAAUGAAUGGCAAUAUUA